AUGAUCAUCUCAUUGACAUCCCUCCAUCAUACCGUAUUGAAGAUGGUUUUGAAAUCUACCUCCGCUGGAGAUGUUUCCGUCUAUCAAGUCGCGGGUUCCAAUCUGUCUCGUUCUUUGCCAGACUGGAUCGCAAGAAAAAGACGGAAGGAAUUGAAGAAGGAUGCCGAUUACAUGAAUAGAGUGGAGUUGAUUCAAGACUUUGAAUUUAGUGAAGCAUCCAACAAAAUCAGAUGUACUCCAGAUGGUCAAUUUGUAAUGGCUACAGGUACAUACAAGCCACAAAUCCACGUUUACGACUUGUCCAACUUGUCUCUUAAGUUUGACAGACACACUGACAGUGAAAAUGUUGACUUCACAAUCCUCUCCAAUGAUUGGACCAAGUCCGUUCACUUGCAAAAUGACAGAACCAUUGAAUUUCAUACCAAGGGAGGUAUACAUUACAAGACUAGGAUCCCCAAGUUUGGAAGAAGUUUGUCAUAUAACCCCUCAAGCUGUGACUUACUAGUUGGCGCCUCAGGAAAUGAGAUUUACAGACUAAAUCUCGAGCAAGGCCGAUUCCUUAGUCCCCUUGUGUUAGAUACUGAGGAAGGUGUAAAUUGUUUGGAUAUCAAUUCCGUGCAUGGCUUGAUCUCUGCUGGUCUAGAAGAUGGUACCGUCGAGUUUUGGGACCCAAGAAGUAGGCUGAGAGCAGCAAAACUACAUGUAGCAGACACUCUCGGUGAGCAAACACAAAUCACAGCUUCAGUAUUCAGGAAUGAUGGCUUGAACUUUGCAUGCGGUACCUCUUCCGGUAAGACUCUCCUUUAUGACCUCAGAGCACCAACCCCAUCUGUGAUCAAGGACCAAGGUUACGGUUUCGACAUCAAAAAGAUCAUUUGGAUCGAUGAAAACAGUCAAGACUCUAGCAAAAUCAUGACCGCUGACAAGCGAAUUGCAAAGGUAUGGAAUCGUCUAGACGGUAAGCCAUUCACUUCCAUGGAGCCUAAUGUUGAUAUUAACGACGUUGAAUAUGUCAAGGACAGUGGUAUGUUCUUCUUUGCUAAUGAAGGUAUGCCAAUGCACUCAUACUAUAUUCCAAAUUUGGGCCCCGCUCCUAAAUGGUGUUCCUUCUUGGACAAUAUCACUGAGGAGCUCGAGGAGAAACCUUCCGACACUAUUUACUCGAAUUACAGAUUCAUUACUAGAGACGAUGUUGCCAAAUUGAAUCUCUCCCAUUUGAUUGGAUCCAAUGUGUUGCGUUCUUAUAUGCAUGGUUUCUUCAUCAACACCGACUUGUAUGAUAAGGUUAACCUUAUCGCCAACCCUAACUCCUACAGAGACCAAAGAGAAAGAGAAAUCAGAAAGAAGAUUGAGAAGGAGCGUGAGUCUAGAAUCAGAACGACUGGUGCCGCUGCUGCUAAGGCUUCUAAGAUCAAGGUUAACAAGGAAUUGGCUGAUAAGUUGACUCAAGGUAGUGAGGCUGUUGACGAUCGUUUCGCAGAAUUGUUUGAGAAUCCAGAUUUCAUGAUUGACCAGGAAUCGCACGAGUACAAGCAAAUGAACCCUGUGCAAUCCACAAAGGAUAUUACGAAGACCGAGAGAUCUCGUGCUCUAACUGCCGCUGAGGAAUCUGAUGAGGAACGAAUGAAUAAUGCUAGCGGCGACGAAAAGCAAAACUCGGAAUCGGAAUCGGAAUCGGAAAGUGAACCGGAGGAGAUGACAGAGAAACAGAAAGAGAAGGUACAAAAAGAGUUGAAGAAGCUACGCGAGAAGAAGAAGAGGCAAGAAGAGGAGAAGCGCUUCAUGAAUGAGAUGACGGCUGUCACUGAAAAUGAGACAGAAGCCAGAAACAACGAGAGUCUCGGCAAACAAGCCUCCAGAAUCAACAAAAUUGCCAAGCAACAAGCUGCUGACAGACAAAACUCGAGAACGCGUCAUCAUGGUAAGGGAGAAAUGGAGCUCACAUUCAAUCCAAAGAAGCAAGAGAAGAAGGUCAAGUUCCGCUCUGACAAGCGCAAUGACGAUGAGGACGGUGAAGAUCGUGGAGAUGAGGGCAACAAUGGUAGAACAAAGCAGCGCUUUGCUGGCCGUAGAAGUGCCUCUAAAAACAAAUUCAGGGGUAUGUAA